AUGCCCCCGCAGCGCACGGCUCCCGCGCGCCCUCUCCGAGCCCUGUUCGCACCUGGGCCCAGAGAGCAGCAGGCUCUCCCGGCUCCCGGCAGAGGCGAGGCGGCCGAAGGUUACGGAAAGGCUCGUUUGGGCAGGACUCCCCGGGAAGCAGCCGCGUGGCCUCCUUUCCUGGGCGGGAGACGCCUGGGGUACCCGCGGCUCUGCGCCCCUCUGAGCCCCGCUUUAGUAGGACCAGGACCCCCAGCGCAUCGCUGGCCUCGUCUCCAUCCCAAACCCACGAUAAAGGCUCCGCGAGAAAUGAUCAAUGCUGCAAGAAACAGAGCUCGAGUGAAAGCUUGCUACAUAAUGAUUGGGCUCACAGUCAUCGCCUGCUUUGCAGUGAUAGCGUCGGCCAAAAGGGCUGUAGAAAGACAUGAAUCUUUGACAAGCUGGAACCUGGCAAAGAAAGCUAAGUGGCGUGAAGAAGCUGCUUUGGCUGCACAGGCUAAGACUAAAUGA